UUGAAUUGCGCAGGUUCAGUCACAUGUUGGGGAAAUACAUCAGCCGAUCAGCCGGUUGAAGUUGAACCAAACCCAAACCGUUUUAGUCGUUUUAGUUGCUUACAGUAUUCAGUAAAGUGUUGUGUAGGUAAUAAAAGUAAUCACUUUCCUUGUCAUUUUUGUAAUAACAAAACUUUACGUUUUCCCCAACAACGAUGAGUUAUCCGGGUUACCCUUACGGGUCUGGCGACAAUUCGGCUCCAUAUCCCGGCGGUCCUCCUUACCCCUCACCUCAUCCUCCAAUGCCAGGACAAAACUAUGCGCCACCUCCUCAUGGAGAUUACCGUCAACCUGUUUUUCCACCCUCUAUGGGAUUUAAUGUAAACUCUCCGAUGUAUAUGCCGCCUCAAGGAGGUUAUCCGCCGAUGGGUGGUAAUUAUCCACCUCCUAUGGGCUAUCCCCAUCAACCUCCACCGAGUGGAUAUCCUUAUCCAGGUGGGGCACCUCCCCCAACCUCUUAUCCAUAUCCGCAGGAUUCGCAGGUAGUACCAGAAACGACGGAUAUUAACUACUCUUCACCGCCACGGAGUCCACAACCUGAGAUUCAGGUUACUCCAACUUUAUUCCCUGCUGAUCCUUUUGAUUCCUCAGCAGAUGCUGAAGUACUUCGUAAAGCCAUGAAAGGAUUUGGUACUGAUGAAAAAGCUAUCAUUAAUGUUUUGGCUAGAAGAACUAACGAUCAAAGAAUGGAAAUUGCUGUUCAAUUCAAGACUAUGUAUGGAAAGGAUUUAGUGAAAGAUCUUCGAAGUGAAACAAGUGGAAACUUCAAGAAACUAUUAACUUCAAUGAUGACUCCCAUUCCAAUUCUUUAUGCUCAGCAUAUUCGUGAUGCAAUCACCGGAAUAGGAACCGACGAAGAAGUACUAAUAGAAGUUAUGUGUACGAAAUCUAACGAAGAAAUUCGUUGCAUUCGUAGUGCUUACGAAACAGAAUAUGGAAAUUGUUUAGAAGAUGAUUUGCGUUCAGACACAUCCGGAACAUUCAAAAGAAUCAUGGUGUCUCUUUCAGCUGCUGGACGUGACGAAAGUAUGCAUGUAGACCAUGAAGCUGCCGUCCAAGAUGCUAAUCGACUGUUAGAGGCCGGCGAAAAUCAAUGGGGAACUGAUGAGUCUACGUUUAAUAUGAUUCUGUGUCAAAGAAAUUACGCCCAAUUACGCGUGAUUUUUAGCGAGUAUGAAAAGAUUUCUGGAAUUGAUAUUGAAGACACAAUUAAGAGCGAGUUUUCUGGGGAUGCUGAAAACGCGUUUUUAGCCAUUGUUCGAUCUAUUAGGAACAUUCCUCAUUUUUACGCAAAAACCUUACAUGAUGCUAUAUCCGGAAUUGGAACCAAAGAUAAUAAAUUGAUGAGGGUUGUUGUUACCAGAUGUGAGAUCGAUAUGGAAGACAUAAAGGGUAUUUAUGAAGCCAAAUAUGGGGAAAGUUUAGCUGAAGCUAUCAAAGGUGACACUUCUGGAGAUUACAAAAAAUGUUUAUUGGCUCUUAUUGGAGAAUAUUAAAAUGUUUACAUUGUCAGAUUUUUAAAAAUGUUAAAAUUAAGAAAUAUAUAAACGGGCCCACACGCUUUUUAUAAAAAUACGUUGUUAGGGAAGGGUAAGGCACAUUGAUAUCUCUUCCAUUGCCAAGGAAUGCUAUUUGUGUCGUAAUGUGACUAAACUGACCUAUAUUUCUAGUGGCGUCGAGAUAAUAAUAACAGUUUUGUCAACAAAAAUAUAUGUGUCAAUGUGCCUCCACUUCUCUCUAUAUUUUAUUUUUCUGUAUUCACGAUUAAACGUAAAUAAAUAUUUUAAUACAUUACUA